ACUCUCUCCUUUUCUGAGUACAUUUACGGAUUUAACUUAUUUCACUCCGCAUUUCUAUAUUUGAGCUAUUACAUUCUCUAUUUAUGCCAAGAUCUAAAUCAGGUUGAAAAGGAUGAUGCUUACAUGCUGUGGCAUUGAUUUUUUUACUGAUAUAAGCAAUAUUUACUGCUGGAGUUUGUCAAAUACGAUCUUUGUUGAAAGUUCAAGCCCUCUUGAUAUUGGUUUCAUGCAGCCAUGGAUGGAAACGGUAUGAAUAUACGAAAUUGGGGUUUUUUCGAGCCACCUGCAACAGUCUUGAAGGGCCAUUUGGGCCUGCAACUCAUGUCCUCUAUGGAUGAGAAGCCCCUUUUUGGCAACAUUCACGACCAUCACCAUCACCAUCACCAUCACCACAACCACCAAACCCACCAGCCUCACCAUCCUACGGUUAUGGAGUCGACUAAUGGUGGUGCGUUUCAUCACCAUCGGGUUUGUGGGAUCUCGGAGACCCCCAUGCCCAUUGAGUAUAUGAGGGAUUCUUGGGUUAAUCAUAAAGACUAUAGAGACAAGUAUCUCAAUGUGCUAUCCGGAAACCACCACUAUCUUACGGGUUAUGGUUUUUUGCCUGAGACGUCUUCUGCUCAGUCCAUGCAGAUUCACGAGCAGCCAAACUUGGUAAAAGUUGAACCUGAUCCUCAGCUGGAAGAGGUUUGUCAAGAAAGGGAUAUUGGUGGGCUUGCAAAGAAGAGGGGAGCUGGUAAAUCACAACUGCUGAAGUCCCCUAAAAGUAAGAAGGCAAAGAAAGCUACUAGGGUCCCUAAAGUCGAGGCUACCCCAUCUGUUCCACGGGCUAGAGCUCCCAGAAAAAGUGCAGAAGUCGUCAUUAACGGUAUUACUAUGGAUAUUUCGGUAUUUCCUAUACCAGUUUGCUCAUGCACUGGGGCAGCUCAGCAGUGUUAUAGGUGGGGCUGUGGUGGUUGGCAAUCGGCUUGCUGUACCACUAAUUUAUCU